UCUUCUUCACAGCUAAAGAAUCAAAGCGUAAAAAAGAAAACCCAGACCCUAACAGACAAAAACAAGGGAAAAAUUAUUUCUUUUGACCAUGGGUAUUUUCUCUGAUCCAUCUCUAUAUUUCAACUAUCAGUUUCUCAUCUUCCCUUGCAAAGAUCAAGUCACUGCAUUCUGGUUGCUUGCAUCAGCUACUCAGCAAGUCAUUUACUCUUGAGACUUUGGAUCUACAACAAGGAAAACAACAGAAAAAGUUUGUCUUUGUUUUUUUUUUUUGGUAGUGGGUAUUGAAUUCUAGAGGGAAAUGAGGCAAUUUUCCUCCAUGUUGAAUGGAUUAGCAAGGUCGUUGAGAGGGAAAAAUUCCGGGAACGAUGACGGACGAGAGGCUGCCGAGGCAAUGGCGAAGGAUGCGAAGAAGAAUGACAUGGUUUUGAGGUCUUCGGGUUCGGUAAACAUCGAUGGUUCAGACAAUUUCACCACGGUUUUCUCCAAGAGAGGCAGGAAGGGAGUGAACCAGGACUGUGCCAUUGUGUGGGAGGAAUUUGGAUGUCAAGCAGACAUGUUGUUUUGUGGGAUAUUUGAUGGGCAUGGUCCAUGGGGUCAUUUUGUAGCUAAAAAAGUUCGAGAAUCGUUGCCUUCAUCCUUGCUCUGCAAUUGGCAAGAGACUCUAGCUCAAGCAUCGCUCGACCCGGAUACUGAUUUAGAAUCCGAUAAAAAGCUUAAGAGGUUUCAUAUAUGGAAGCAUUCUUAUCUAAAGACUUGUGCCGCAGUCGAUCACGAGCUUGAGCAGCAUAGGAGGAUCGAUUCCUUUUACAGUGGAACGACUGCCUUAACAAUUGUCAGACAGGGUGACCUCAUGUAUGUAGCCAACAUAGGCGAUUCUCGGGCUGUUUUAGCUACAACAUCAGACGAUGGAGACUUGGUUCCCGUUCAGCUUACUGUAGAUUUCAAGCCGAAUUUACCUCAGGAGGCGGAGCGGAUAAUUCAGUGCAAAGGUCGGGUUUUCUGCAUGCAUGACGAGCCAGGGGUGCACAGGGUUUGGCUACCUGAUGAAGAGUCACCAGGGCUGGCAAUGUCGAGAGCUUUCGGGGACUACUGCAUAAAAGAUUACGGGCUUAUUUCGGAUCCAGAAGUCACACAGCGACAUAUAACCAGCAGAGACCAAUUUGUUGUUCUUGCUACCGAUGGGGUAUGGGAUGUUGUAUCCAAUCAGGAAGCGAUUCAAAUAGUAUGUUCGACACUGGACAAGGCGAAGGCAGCAAAGCGGCUGGUCGAGUUUGCUGUCCAGGCUUGGAAAAAGAAGAGGAAAGGCAUUGCAAUAGAUGAUAUUUCAGCCAUCUGCCUCUUCUUCCACUCUUCUCCCUUAGAAUGAAGUUGAUUUUGUUACAACUUCAGUAGAGUUGUUAAUGUAAAUUGAGCAAAGAUUAUGGCUCUUAUGUAUUGUUUUUUUCUUAGUUAAAUGUAGUUGAUUUG